AUGCCUGUCAAGUCAUUGUCUGAGCUUGCUACAGCGGCUUGUUUGAAGAACCUCAAGGAGCUAGGCAGUAUAGGAGACUACCUGCCCUACGAGGCAGUUCGACAUCUUCUUCUCAAGCUUGAAAGCGCCCAUCAGCUUCGACAGAUUGAGCUCAGCUCUCCACAAAUCCAGGGGCACACAGGCGAGAUAUGGCUGAAGCUGAUUGAAAAGGACUUUCCUCUCGAAUACAAGGCCAAGGCAUACAAACCACAGAACCCGGACAAGUGGUAUCGAGUGUGGGAAAAGUACAAAAGGGGCCACGACGCGGCACUUGAGGAGAGCGAAAACAAGCUGAAGAAUGCACUAGCCGGCCUGAGGCAGGACAAGGAGAAGAAUACGAGCCGAAUCAUUGAGCGCAAGCUGCUGCCAAAGUCAGUCAAGUUAGGGGGGCCCAAGAGGCCUUUCGGCGGGCCACGCGAGGCACACUCCAACUCUCUAUCGUUCAACUCUGGCAGUCGGACCAAGACGGUCAAUGGAGCGAGUGUGAUGCGCAAAGUUCGUCGUGAGGUGAAGGAAAUUGCAACGAUUCACGGUGCUCUCUCGAGGCCUAACCGAGCGCCAACCCAACGCUUGCAGAUGAGGAAAGCGCCCGAAUCCAUGGUCAACGACUACCGACGGGCUUCUCAACCCCAAUACCGAUCAUCUGCCCUGUCUCCUGAGCCGCCAUCUGCUGUGGCAGAACAUGAGGAGCGAGCCACAUUCAUUUCGGAUUCAGAGGAGGACGAAGAGGGCAACGGUGACCUAUCUGAUGACGAGGUGGCCAAGAUGCCGGCCAAGCCGGCCAAGAAAUUUGUUGCCCAAUCAGCCGCCACGUCCCUUCUGAAGCGACGACCAAACACGUCACAAGCGACUUCGUCACCUUCUACUACUAUUAAACGCGUGUCUGCUUCAAACACUGCAUCAAGUCCGGUCAAGAACUCGUCGAGUCUGACGAACAAGUUCAAUCGCUCAGCGGACAAGUCACCUCCAGCAUCGCCACCAAAACCUCAGUCAGGGUCAGUCACAACCCAUGAGAACAACUCUAAUAAUCAGUCCAAGGCUUCGCCUCCGCUGCCUACGGCGUCUGGGUCAUCUCUGUCACCACAUGCCGAGUCAGUUGCUCCUCGGGUGAUGCCGCGAAAGCGCAAAGCUGUGGACGUCUUCAUGAGACCCAAAAAAAGAUGA